AUGCUACAGUCAAUUGGACUUCAUGAUGUUGACUAUUAUACUUUCCAAGGAGCAAUUAAGAGAUUUGGAUAUCGAGAUAAUCUCAAUGAUGAGCAGAUGAAAACAAUUAAGAAGGAGAUUAGGCUAAAUUACGAGGACAUGCUAGAUUAGAAUCAUUCACCACAUGCUGUAGUGUACAAAGAUGAGAACUUUUUCUUUAUUGAAAAAAGACACACAGUUUAUAACUUGUUGAAAUUGGGCUUCUUAGUUUGCAGGUUUGAGAGCGUCGAGGAUUAGGAAUUAGAAAUGUGGCAUUUAUUGAAUCCCCUGCUUAAUGAAACAGUUUCCAAGAGGACAGUAGAGCAAUUUCUAAGAGAUUUAAUAUACGUAGCUAUCGACAUGAAUAUUAAUAUAUUGAAGAAUGCUGAAUAGCAUGAGAAUCCAGAUAUUCCUAAAGCUUUGGCCUAUUUGGAAGAGUCAUCAAAGAAGCGAGACAUAUUUAUCAAUCAGAGACUCAAAAGAUUCAAGAAUGAAAAUAUCGCAAGAGAUGAAUUAAUGGAACAUACUAGGGACUGUUUCUUCUAAUCAUAUAGACUAAGAUUAGCAAUCAGCGGUUGUCAAGCAGGUUUUAUAGAUUAUACGCCUUUAAACAGAGAUAACUACCCAAAUUUUAGACAGGAAAACCAAAACUGA